AUGUAUAACCCAUAUCAAGCUACAGGGCCCUUUGGCCAGCCGCCAGAUUUUGGAAGCUACCCUGGCGCGCCUCCAGGCCUUGGUGGCCCACCAGGAAUGGCGCCCCCAGGUAUGGCACCUCCAGGGACCGGUGCGCCUCCAGGAAUGCAACAACACAACGCCCAACAGCCAGGCCGGCCUGGCGGCUUCCCACCCAACUUCCAACCCCCCGCGAACAUGCCAAACAUAAAUUUCUCUGCUCCUGUGAUUCGACUGGGGACUUCUGGUCCGCCUAAAUCGACGACACCGCAUGAAGGUGGCCGUGAGCGGGGUGGAGACGCUGGAGGACGUAGAGGCGGCCAGCACCAUACAGCUUCAAUAGAGUCGCAGCGUCAGAAUAUCCGUGAAGCGAUUAUGCAGCUACAGCCUCCAACAAAGGACGAAAUAGUGCGCACGAUCUUUGUCAGUGGUAUCACUGAAGGCACCGGCGGUGACGAAGGAGUCGAACGUAUUCUACGAUCAGCGGGUAAUCUUAGGCGCUGGAUUCGGGCGACUGAUGCGGACAAUAAGCCGUGCAAGUUUGGUUUUGCAGAGUACGAGGACCCAGAAAGUCUUAAUACUGCUGUAGAGGUGCUAAGGGAUAUCGAAGUUCCUGUCAAAAAACAGCGACCCUCCGCGGAAGGUGAAAAUGAUAAUGCCGAAGUUGAAAUGGGUAAAUUGAUGGUGGUUGUUGAUGAUAGCUCUCUCAAAUACCUUGAACAGUAUGAGGCGAACAACACCCAAGAACCGGAAACGGUGCAUUCACGUCUCGAAACCGCGAGAAAGAAGCUUGCAGCUGUCUUAGCCGAACUGGCCAACCCUUCGGCCCAAGUCAAAGCGGAGGGGACUGGACUCGAUAGAGACGGCGAUACCGCUAUGGGUGAUGGGGAAAAGCAGGCUGAUGGAGCUUCCGCGGAAGUUAUUACUAUCCCAAUAACUGUGGAAGACGAGCUUUCGGACAUACCUGCUGAGAUGAGAGAAACGGUCGCAAAGGAGAUUGCGGCUUUCCGUGAAAGAAGCAACCGGCGGGACCUCGAACGACUGAAACGAGAAGAGGAGAUUGAGUCCUUGGAGCGAGCUAGAAAUGCUGGCCAUUCACGUUCAAACAGGCUGUCCUCUCCAUCGCAUUCCACACCUGGUCCUGCCGGCGGAGCUAACGGAAUUCCACUUGGGCCUCGGGAUAGGAGUGUACCCAAUGCGCCAUCUGGGCCAAAGGGAUAUGGACACCAAAUUCCAAAGGACUAUCAAAAGGGCGUUUCGUUUGUUAAUACCAACGAUGUCGACAUUAUUCCAGAGGACGAUGACACCGAUGCAAGCGACUCUGAAGUAGAAAGAAGACACCAGGAAAAACGGAAUGCAGAACUGGAGAAGCAGGCCUUGGAUCAGGAGCGGCGAUGGCUGAACCGUGAAAGAAGCCGGACUGCUGCCGUGGAGAGAGAAAAGAAUCGAGAGCGGGAAGAGGGGCAACGCGCAGAAGAGGAGAAGCGGGCCAUGGCCAAGAGACUGCGGGAGUGGAAUGAUGAUUUAGAAGCUAGUAGAAAGGUGGAAGAAUACUACGCUGACCGUGGCGUAUGGAUACGCAAGCGUGCUGCAUUCCGCAACCGCGAGGCCGCCAUGGAUGAAGCAGACCGCGCAGCAGAGGAACGAGAAAAGGCCAAGGAAGCCCAGCAGCAAGAGCAAGCCCGUGGCAUGGCGGACGAUUUCCUCGCUCGUCAAGCCCAGGAGAUUGAGUCUCGCAACCAAACGCGCAAGGAGCCACAACGGUUCAAGCUAUCCCUCGGAGCGGCUGCCCAGAAGGCCCAGCGGAGAACUGUUGCCGAAGUCGAGGGCCUGCUUGAAGAUGAAGAGGAUACUGCUACCAUUGCCAGACGUCCUCUGACGGACAUCAAGUUUGACUCCAUUGCCGAGACUACGGGGCUUAGCGACGAAGAGCGUGCCCAGGCCGCGAGACAGCUUGCGGCUGAGAUUCCGUCAGAUAAAGAGGGCCUGUGGAAAUGGGAGGUCAAGUGGGAGUUUGUGGACGAGGCAGUCCUCGGUGACCAGCUCAAGCCCUUCGUGGAAAAGAAGAUCAUGGAGUAUCUUGGUGUUCAGGAGCAGAUGUUGGUGGAUGUUGUGGAAGAACACAUCCGGAAGCGCGGGAGCCCUCAGGAUCUCGUGGAGCAGCUGGAAGGGGCGCUUGACGAAGAGGCUGAAGUCCUGGUGAAGAAGCUGUGGCGUAUGAUUGUGUUCUUCUCCGAAAGCGAAAAGAGGGGCCUCUCUAGCUAA